GUACUUCAUAGACUGGAAGAAUGAUAUGGAUAGCUACUUUACUAUAGAUGGAAAUGAAGGAACUAUUGCCACAAAUGAGUUACUUGAUAGAGAGAAUACUGCACAGUACAAUUUUUCAAUAAUUGCAAGUAAAGUUAGCAAUCCACUCUUGACCAGCAAAGUUAAUGUCAUCAUAAAUGUUCUGGAUGUCAAUGAAUUUCCUCCAGAAAUUGCAGUGCCCUAUGAAUCUUAUGUGUGUGAAAAUGCAAGGCCAGGACAGGUAAUUCAGGUUGUUGGUGCAGCAGACAAGGAUUUGUCCCCUGCUGGACAAAAAUUCUCUUUUCGACUGUCUCCUGAGGUUACUACAAAGCCAAAUUUCACAGUCCAUGAUUUCACAAACAACACAGCUGGAAUUGUAGCUGGCAGAAGUGGUUACAGCCGUCGUCAGCAAGAGUUGUAUCUCCUUCCAAUUGUCAUUGAAGAUAGUAGUUAUCCCAAACAAAGCAGUACAAACACAAUGACAAUCCGAGUUUGCAGAUGUGACUCUGAUGGCACCAUCCUCUCAUGCAAUGCUGAAGCAAUCUUCUUGCCUGUUGGACUCAGCACGGGAGCCUUGAUUGCAAUCUUGUUGUGCAUUGUUAUACUCCUAGUUAUUGUGGUUCUUUAUGUGGCCUUGAGACGACAGAAGAAAAAAGACACCCUAAUGACCUCCAAGGAAGACGUUCGAGACAAUGUCAUUCAUUAUGAUGAUGAAGGAGGUGGUGAAGAAGACACUCAGGCUUUUGACAUUGGGGCUUUGAGGAAUCCCAAAGGAAUUGAGGAUAACAAAAUACGCAGGGAUAUCAAGCCAGAUGCUCUCUGCUUGCCUCGCUCAAGACCACCCACAGAGGACAACACGAAUAUUAGAGAUUUCAUAAAUCAGAGGCUGAGAGAAAAUGAUAGCGAUCCAUCAGCUCCCCCUUAUGAUUCACUAGCGACUUAUGCUUAUGAAGGAAAUGGAUCUGUAGCUGAAUCUCUUAGCUCUAUUGAUUCUUUUGCAACAGAAGCAGACCAGGAUUAUGACUAUCUGAGUGACUGGGGACCACACUUUAAAGUCUUAGCAGAGAUGUUUGGAGAAGAAGAAAGCUAUAAUCCUGAUAAAGUCACUUAGCUGGAGGAGACAAGGAAUGAAAAGUAAACUCACAACCAGUUUUACACAAAAAACAAGCUUUAUAGGACAAGUUUCACUGAUUAUAAGAGACAGCAGCUGUUUCCAGCAAAUUCCUUUAUUUAUCAUACCACCGAACUUGGUUUACUAUUUUUCAGGGGAAGAAUAAUUUUUGACUAUCUUUUGUUGUUGUUGUUGUUGUUUUGGUGAUGGUGGUUGAUUUUUUUUUUUUUUUUACUCUAUUACUUUGAAGUCACACUGAGACUGUCUUAGGCCUAUUAGCUACAAUUUAUCGAUACAACAAAACAGAAAAUAUAGCUUUCCGGCAUUGUGGUGGAAGAGUGGUAGAUUUUUCUUAAUUCCACUGAAGUGCCUAUUGAAACUCUUACCAGUAAAGUGGAAAUAACUGCAGCAACAGAAGUAAAGAAAAAUGGCAUAAAAGAAAGGACAUUAACUUUUAUCUGGAGACACAAAAGCUACCUGCUGACUUCUGGUUCUUUUAAAACAUACAAUGUAGAACAGAGAGUAGAAUCUGCCCAGUUGCUGCAACUUGCUGAGGAAAAUGUUGGGUUUGUUUUGGGGGGCUGCUUUAUUUCAUUUUUUUUUAAAACCAAGAAAACAAACUGUCUGAUAGGACAACAUCUUUCUUAUACUUACAUUUCAGA